GGCCGGGUUAUUCUCUUCUCUUUCUGUCGUGCUUUAUUUUUAGUGAAUCACUGAACUAAAAACUUUCUCUCAGAGCAGGCAAACCCAAACACAGAGACGCUUAAAGCCUCAGUUUGUUGUUGUGCCCGACAAGCAUGGAUUUAAAGGAAUUGUUUUUAAUCGCUCUUGGCACUGCAGUUAUUUUCUUCUAUGUAGUGAAACUGCUGCUUUUCAGCAGGAUGCUUUUUCCAAAAAUGUGGUUUCCACUGUCGAAAUCUUUUUUCACCUCAAUGGGAGAGUGGGCAGUGGUGACUGGUUCUUCAGAGGGAAUAGGAAGAGCAUAUGCAUUUGCUCUGGCUAAGCAAGGAAUGAACGUGGUAAUCAUGAGCAGAACCAAAGUAAAACUGGACCAGGUGGCUAAGGAAAUAGGUGAUACUACAGGGCAGAGGGUCAAAGUGAUAGUAACAGAUUUCAUGAAGGACAAUGUCUUCAGUGAAAUUGAGGAUCAGCUUAAGGACCUCAACAUUGGGGUUUUAGUCAAUAAUGUAGGCACGCUGCCAAGCUUCAUCCCCUGCAAAUUCCUUGAGUCUGCAGAGCUGGACCAGGCUAUUACAAAUGUGAUAAACUGCAAUGUGAAAACUAUGGCCAAGGUAAGAUUUUUAUUUUUUGGCAAAAAAAAAAAAAAUUUUUUUUUCUACCUCUACAGGGGAAAAGGGGUGAUUGUGAAUAUUUCGUCUGGAGUUGCUUCUAUUCCAUUCCCCCUGUACACCCUGUAUGCUGCAUCUAAAGUGUUUGUGGAAAGGUUUUCUCAAGGUCUACAAGCUGAAUACAAAGAUAAAGGGAUUAUUAUACAGACAGUGGCUCCAUUUGGGGUCUCCACUCGAUUGGCAGGUUACCAAUCAACCAACAUAGUGACGCUGUCACCAGAGGACUUCGUAAAAAGCUCUCUGCAGUACGUCCGAGCUGGAGACAAAACACACGGCAGUGUCUGUCACAUAGUUCUGGGCUGGUUACUGCAGUCUAUUCCUCUCAAGUUUCUCUAUUCUGAGUUGAUGCUACACAGCCUACAAGACUAUGUCAAGAAAAAAACAGCACAGAAGGCACCAAGUUCAACUUUUGAAAGUGGAAAAAAUAAAUAACCAGGAACAGCAAUGAAAAGAUAUUUGGCUUGAAUAUUUCACACCGUAAAUCAAAUUAGAAUUAUGCAACUAGUGUUGAUAAACCUAUGUCUUCUGUUUUUCAUUUAAACAUAGUGGUGACUGUUGUAAGUCAUUAAAGUAAAUAUUAUUAUUAUUAUUA